GCAGUCGCGAAUUCAUACGUCCGUAACACGUCCGAGCAGACCGCCAGGGGCCGAUCACGUAUGUGACAUGGCGUCCGGGUAGUAAGAAAGUUGACUGUUAAAUAAGCGUUAAUGUUGUUUUUAUGACAUUGACGAAGCUCAAAGGAAAUCUCGGAGGGCGCGAAUUUACCACAGACACCGGCAUUGAUGGUAAUGCAUGCGAGGAAACCACAAAGGAUCAGCGAUGGGUACUUCGAAAAGCAUCAGGCCCAUCCCUAUCAGAACGCGAAAUACAACAGUUCUAAGGGUGGCUAUUCCUCGGCAGCCGCGUCAGCGGACACUCGGUACGAGGGCCGGAUGCGAGAUUCGCCUAAUGGCAACUCCUACAGUCCGGCAGGAGGUUUGGGAAUGGGCAUGGGAGCGGAGAGAGAUAGCCCCCGCAAUUAUACAGCUAAACCACUGUACAAGAAGGAGAGAGAAAACAGAGACUACAAGUUAUCCUCCUCUAGGGACAAGUAUUCCGAUUGUGCACGAUCUCCAAAGGACAAGAGAAGCCGUGAGAGCAGGGAUUCAGAGCACAGGACCAAUCAUGAUAGGAGCGGGACAGAGCAGAUAUUGCAUCCCAUAAAAUUAUCAUCGAAUUCGUCGAGGGAUUCGUCUUCGCAGAGAAAACCAGCACACAAUUCCUGUCAGCAGGACAAGCGAGGCGAUGAGCGAGGCGGUGGUGGAGGCGGGGGCGGCGGUGCCAUGGAAAGGACAGCAAGGUUCGGCGACUGGUCGGAACACAUGAGCUCGUCGGGCAAGAAGUAUUACUACAACUGCAAGACCGAGGUCUCACAGUGGGAGAGACCACGCGAGUGGAUAGUUAGGGUGGACAGUAGACAACGUCAAUCAAACGACUAUUCCUCUUCCAGGUCAAGUCAUGAUAAACAUUCCAACUCGCGAUCGAAUAGCAGUAGCAAUGCUCGCGAAGGUGGCAAAUCGUCGCGUCAAACCUCGUCGGACAAGCGAGAGUAUUGGGGCUCGUGCAGCGGUAGCAGCGGUGGUAGUAGCAGGGAGGAGAUCUCAGCUCGUGAAAGAGAGCGGGAGAAAGAUCGUGUAGACAGGGAACGAGAGAGAGAAAGAGAAUCCUGCAGAGAAGAAAUUGGGGUCGAGCGUCAGGCACAGGACAUGGAUAUUUCACCGGGUGACUCGACCCCUACCUCUGAAACUCAAACGUCGAGUGCUCAUGAUCCACUGCCACAAGGACCCGUCCUCCUUGCUACGGCGUUACCUCGUCUCACAUCACAUCCACCAACGACACCGCAAACACCCGGAAAAUUGAGCUCUCCGACGCAACAACAACCCGUAAACAGUAGCGCUGGCCCAGGACCUCCGGUCUCUCUCGCCAGUUUACCCAGACUUAUAUCUCAAAUUACCGGUAGCAAAGAGCAAACCGAUAUAACGCCACAGAAGGCGCUUCAAACGAUACAAACGGCGAUUUAUCUAUCGCGACAACAGUCAAGUACUAGCAGUGAGCGAAACAGCAGCGGCAGUGGUGACAUUAUGGCUCCGCUCAAGGUCGACACGAGCGGUAACGCGACAAACGAGGGCCCACCAACUCCAACGCACUCAGAGACUCAGGAUUGCGUAGACGCCCGGAAACUAACAAGUCCAGUGGGAGGGAGUACUGGUGUCCAAGGUGUUAGUUCGUUGCAAGGAUUGAGUAGUUUGGGAUCGUUGGGUAGUCUUGGAAACGGGGGUGGUCUCCAGGCACUUUCGAGAGUUCAACCGCCUCUUACACCUUCCCUCACACCUUCCCUCGCCAAUCAUUAUCGUGAAGAUUUGACGCAACACGUGCGAGCUUUUCCUGCGGAUAUCCUGGAGAAGCAAGCUCAGAAGCUCAGCGAAGAGGCACACACAAUGGGCAGUUUACAGUGUACGCGAGUAUCCGCUGAACUCAAGACUGCACGGUCGAUCGUGAGGCUGACCGAAAUUCAAGCGACGCUACAGGAACAGAGGAUAUUAUUUCUCCGUCAGCAGAUACAAACGCUGGAGGAGCUGAAAUCCCAAAAUUCCUUCAUGUCAGAUGAUUCUUAGUGUAGGGACUUUAUAAAAUAAUAAUAAUAAUAAUAAUAAUAAUAAUUACGAAACCUAUAAUUAAUUCAUGCAGAAAACAAAAAAAAUAAGACAAACAGCAGCAGAAGCAGAAGCAGCAGCAACAACAACAUCAACAACAACAACAAAAACAAGAAACAAAAGAGAAAAUAAAACAUAAUUAAUAAUAUUCUCAUUAAUAUUGAAUAAUUAAGAUUGUACCUAAAUUAUAAUAUCAUUAUAGAAGUGAUACGAAUAGCGAAUGAUUGUUUGGGCUGCCCAGAGAGGUUGGGCUGCUUCGCUUGUCAGUCAACGAGUCUUAUUAUUAUUAAUUAUUAAUUAAUUAUUAUUAUUAUUGUAAUGGAAACAAAUUAGAAAAAAAGCACCUCUCUGGGAAGCGCACGAGGCCUAGACUCAAGGAAACAUAAGCAAACAAAGAUAAAUUCGCACAUCCGUCGUGGAACGUUGAGGAAAAAUGAAACGUGGAAGAGAAUAAAAGAAAACGAAUGAAAAAUCAUCAAGAAAAGCUAAAAAAUUAUAUAACGGGGAAAGAAAAGCUUUGAACGAUCAACGAUUCUCAGUAGUGUGCAAAGGUGAACAGCUGUGAACAUCUGAAUAUCUGAGAGAGAAAAAUUGUAUAUCUGAUUUGUCCACCAUCGUCUUGUAUUACCUAUGUUGUACGUGUCAAUGUUUCAUAUCCCCCUGCCCCUGGCCCCCAAGUUUAAGCGGCAUUUUAACUAGUUGAAGAUGAAAAAAACCAACACACACACACACACACACACACAGUUUUUGUUGUAAAUCUCGGAAUAAAAUACUUUCCACAAGCGGUAAAA